AUAGAAAAAAAAAACGUCUGCACGCAAACGUUGAAUGUUUGUGCAUGUGGUGCUCGGGACUGAAAAAUUCAAUAAUUUGGUUUUCGUCAUGUCCUACUUAGCAAUUAAUUGUAGCUGUCAGUAAGGAUAUUUCAUCCCUUAUAUCCGGAGGCGAGUACGAGUUCUGUGAAACGUUUUGCGUCUGCUGCAUGCAGUGCAAGUGCAUUGCUGAUUGCAGCAGUGAUUGUUUUGAAGUCAGCGGCCGGCGCGGGACGACGAAAAAAAACAAUAUUUCCAACUUUCCAAGACAAUAAAUAUGGUCGACAAUUUGGCUUGGGGUGUGUGACGUCACUCAAGCCAGAAUCUUCAACACGACAACAGUUGUUUACUUCAUUGCUCGCUGGAAGUUGUCGUUCAGGGUUCGGCUGCUGUAAAAGAUGCUGUCUGGCCAGCGCCUGUUCACCAAUUGUAAGCCGUGACUCCAUAUUUGGGCUUCGGCAAAGAGUCAAUAGAGAGCCACGGGAACAACCCCUGGUCCCCAAUUAAACCUGCAACCCAUCAGGUAGUUGUGCGGCAAUCAAUCUUCAACCUUGAACCCAAGCGGGCAGAGUCUGUUGGACCAUCCCAGAGGACAGGGGCGCCCCGUGCGUGUAUCAACUCAUUGAGCCCGGCGUUGACGGGGCGCUUCGUUUUCUUCCGCUGCGAGCCAUCUGGGAGCAAGCCCGCACCGCCCCGCUAUUACCAAUCAUCUAAUUGAGUUUGCAGCACGUGAGGUAUAUUACUGUACCAAAGGCUACAACCAGUGCUUUGAUAAAAAAAAAGAUUGUACACUGUACAUUGUACGUGACAUCGGUCCCCUGUAUUAUCUGUGGUGUACGUGUGUGUGUCUUGUGGGGAGAUCGUUGACACUAAGCUGUGCGCUCGUGAUAGUCCAGCCCCGCUGAAAGCUAGACAGGCUGACUGUGUAUAGUCAAGACGCUCCCAGUGUGUACAGUGGCUUUAUACUGGCAAGUUGCUGCCACCUGUCAUAAACCGGCUCAGUGUGCACCUGCUGAUGUAGCUGUUCUACCCACCCUGCCUGUAGAUCUGUGUAUUUUUUCAACCCUUGUUGGAGGUGUUUGUAUACAUGUACACCAGCACACACACCCUGGCACAUGGUCAAGUGUCCCUACGACCUGCUUGUGGUUUUCAGGAGUACUCAACUUGACAGGCACUGGUGCGACUGGCACAAUUGUGCUUGUUUAACACGCAUGUUCGGUGCACAGAACUCGGCCGGCAAAUCUAAUUGUGUGUGCUAAAAUAAAAAUAUAACACUGCCACGAGCACAAAUUAUGUGGAUGCACGGGUAUAACUGCAAGCAAAUAGUGCACGUGUAAUGGUCUGUUCCCGCCACAUAAUUCCUGCUGCAUAAACUACAGACGGUUAUACUGUGGACCGGCCCACGGCCGAUUGUAGCACACGUGGCCCCCCUCCGGCUAGUGUGUGACUUCCUAGGCAUUGUUCAGCUUUCGCUCAGUUGUAGGACAUGGUGAAGAAAGACAAACAGUCUCAUAAGAUGGGUGCAGGAAACAGUACGAUUUGCGACAAGUUUCGUAACAACAGCAAAGUGGUCUCAUCCGACAAGGAACAUGCAGACCAAAGCCUACAACAGUCAAGAAUGGACAGUCCCAAUAUAUCACAAGGAGAAAUAAGCAUUGGCCUCGGCCAUCAACACACGCCGGAUAUCUCCAAAUUGGAGCCCUCACACAGCGGGCCGCCAUCAAUUAUUACGGAGGAACAUGCUGGAGACAUUGACACCAACUAUGACGAGCCCGUGCAGUUCCCCAUGGACGUGUCUUUUGAGACCAAGAACAUGACCGCCAUGGUUCCCGAGGGGACUACCGACUCCGGCAUGGGGUCUACUAUAAUGGAUUCCGGUUCACAGGUGCCCAACUCCCGGAUAGUCAUUGUGGGAAGCAAUGGCAUGGAUUUUGAAGAGGAGGAGAUUGUUACGCUGCCGGUGGAGCCCAUCGCGCACCCCCACCUUCUCCUGGUGGAUCAGUACGGUCGACGGAGGUCGCACUCCUUCAACGAGGGAAUCCUGUUGAACCGGGACCGGAAAUCGGAGACAUUUAACGGACUCGACAGUGCCUUGGAUGAUGACCUGCCGCCUGUGGAAAUGUCGCCCUCGCCCUCGCCGCGCGAGGGGGGCCGGCUAGGAGGCGCCGGUUACCGUCCCAUGUCCAGGAGUAUGUGUGAGCGGAACGAUUCGCCCGCUGGUACCCGAUCGGCUUCGGCCCAGCUCAAUGUGCCGCAGAGACGUAUCUACCCCUCGUUGUCCUGCUCACCCUAUGCAUCGCCGGUCGGCUCGCCCAGGUUGCGGCGACCGCCCACGAAGGAAUCCUCACAUAUAUCGAUAUCAUCAGUGCAGGAUUACCAGCAAUUGAAUCAGUACCUUCUCUCUGAUGAGAUCGGUAAAGGCUCCUACGGAGUUGUCAAACUAGCUUACAAUGAGGAAGAUGAUGUACACUAUGCAAUGAAGAUUCUCUCCAAGAAGAAACUUGUCCGAAAAGGAGGAUUUGCAAAGCGACCCCCACCCAGGGGAGGCAAGCCGGGCGGUGGCCCCAAGACCCCGCUGGACAGAGUCUACCAAGAGAUUGCCAUCCUGAAGAAAUUAGACCAUCCCAACAUUGUCAAGCUUGUGGAGGUAUUGAACGACCCUAUUGAAGACAACCUGUACAUGGUCUUUGAACUUGUUGAGAAGGGAGCCGUAAUGGAAGUGCCUACUAACAACCCCUUCAGCGAAGAACUAGCCUGGACCUACUUUCGGGACAUCAUUCUUGGCAUUGAAUACUUGCAUUAUCAGAAGAUAGUCCAUCGGGAUAUCAAGCCAUCCAAUCUACUACUCGGAGAGGACAACCAUCUGAAGAUUGCCGAUUUUGGUGUCAGUGACCGUUUUGAAGGGAUCGACGCCCUCCUAUCUGACACGGUGGGCACACCAGCCUUCAUGGCUCCAGAGACCCUACAUGAAGACUCCAACAAAUAUGGCGGCCGAGCCUUAGAUGUCUGGGCCAUCGGAAUCACACUGUAUUGCUUCAUAUUCGGUCAGGUUCCAUUCCAAGACAGCUUUAUUCUCGGUCUCCACAGCAAGAUCAGGAAUUUACCAUUGCCUUUCCCUGAAGACAAACCAAUUCCAGAUGACGUAAAGGAUCUCAUAUUGAAAAUGUUGGAGAAGGACCCAGACAAGAGAAUCAAAAUACCUGAAAUAAAGUUGCAUACCUGGGUGACCAGACACGGUGAGGAACCCCUGCCCACAGAGGAGGAGAACUGCACCCUGGUGGAGGUCUCGCAGGACGAGGUGGAUACCUGCGUCACCACCCUGCCAAAACUCAGGACACUGAUUUUGGUCAAGAAUAUGUUGAAGACCAAGUCUUUCGGCAAUCCGUACAAGAACAAAGCGCGGCAUAGCAGCGCCAAGGGUGGGCGUGUCCUACUGGAACCCAUUCCGGCCAAUCAGAAUCCAAACAGGUAUUCAACUGGAUUACCGUGACAUGGCAAGAACAUUGUACCUCCUGAUGCCCUGCGUACACACAUACUGAUUGGUGCCUCGUGGAUGGAAACCAGUGAUGCAUUUUUGGUACUGUCUUACAUUGAACGAAGGGAGAAACAACAAACCAUAUCUACCUUCCAUCAGGAUACAUCCUCACAUUGUAUAUGUACAGUUCCAGCUCUUCCUGAUCGCAGAACAAAUUCAAGCGUAAAGGGCGCCCUCUAGAGACUGUUGGCAUAGCAACGUUAUUGAAUGUGCAUCAGCUGCCACAAGAUGGCUGAGCCAACUGGAUGUGACAUACUCGUCAGAAAGUGUGUGAAUCCAAUCGUAUUUCAAUCCCACGGAGCUCCUGAAGUAUUUUUUCCAUCGCAACUUUAUUUGGGGCAAACUAUAAUGUACAACCCUUCCCAAAGCAAUACCGAUUUCAUGAUGGAUGUGUCUGAGCGAAAGCAACUGUUAAGCCAUGACUUUCUGGUCACAAUCUGUGAUGCCGAAACAACUCUGCCAAGUUAAAUCUGCAUGCAUGUACGUGAACUAUAUACACCCCGAGGACAGACAGACAAAGGGAGAACAACAGAUUCUUUGUUGUCCUCGAGAGUUCAUC